AGGGUGUGCAUCCAUCUCAAGUGGUCCCACAUACUGGAACGUUGGUCGUGUGAAUCUCGUUCACGGAACGGUGGGUCGCAUGGACUCGUUAGUGCUCCAUCAGAACCCAACUUUACCGCUCUCGGAUGCCAACAGCAAAUCGAGUGCUAGUAAUAACUACUCUUCAGUUCAUCGGCCGAAGCGAAGAAAGAAGCGCUUGAGCCGCCAACCCUCCAAAGCAGUUGAGGAAAGCGAUUCGGAUUGUCUUCCUCCAACGAAGAGGAACGAAAUCGGUUCCAAAUUGGAUUUCUCUCAUUGGGAUCCAUCUCCGAAGAAGCCGUUCCGACCUCAGCAUCAAGUUCAAAUUAUUCAGAAUUAUGCGAAACGUCAUGGACGAAGUCAGUAUGAUCCGGAUUCCACGAGUUUUUCGUCGGAGAGCGGCGAGAGUUCGCCUGAUUGCGGUCGAUCCCCUCUAGCCACGCCCAUUUCUGAGGAAGAGCGUAUAUUCAUCAAACAAAAUAACGGUCAAUUUAUGGCUCUCAAACCCUCUCAAGUGAUGAUGCACACCCAUCGAAGUCAUUUACAAGAAAAUCCCAAUUCUCGCCCAUUCGAGGGCAAAAUGACGCCCUCUAUGAACUCUCCGAGACCGAAUCCAGUGAAUUUCAACAUCAAGGCGUGACCUCGUUUCAAAACUAAAAGCACAUGCCAUCAUUCUGUUUUUCUUUUGUGCAUUCCUGUGAUAGAGUGGACACACAUAUCGGAGAAUUGAGGGAAAUAACCAUUCAUGGAUUUUGCUCUUUUAAUCAAUCUAUCGUUUUUGCGUACUUUUGAUAAGUGUCUCCAUUAACAUUUGAUAUCAAGACAAGCUUUUCAAUAAAUCUCAUUCAUACUUAUCUCCCUUUACGACUCAAAUUUCAAUCAAAAUUUGUCUGCCGACAGAAUGCUUCGAUCAACUUUGCUCCUCAUAUUAUUUUCGUGGUCAAAAGCUGACAAUUUGGGACGAUACGGAUUUGACGGUACUUGGAGUACUUGGGAGCUUUGCGAAGAGCAUGAACCUGAGGAAAUUGCCUCUUUGUUUCCGGAUCUCGUUCCCUUUGCCAACACAAGAUGGCUCCGCCGUCGAGUCUGCCAAAUCUAUGGCGAUUUAAAACUCAAUUCGAAUGACACCAUAUGUUCCACAAAAAUCAAUGGCAAUGGAUCACAACCUAUCGUAGUAGACGAGGAUGGCCAAUACUUGCAAUAUGAACCGUGUGAAGUGGAUUAUGAGCCUUGGCCGUUUCAUUGUUUCGAUCAUUGUUCCAAAUCCUGUAAUGUCGGAACUUGUGAAAUCCGGCGACGAUGUCAGUUACAGGAUGACCUAUAUCGUAUUGUGAAUGACGAAGAAUGUUCCCAUUUGGGUCCAACGACCAAAAUGUCCGACUGUAACAUGCUUCCAUGUGACACCGUUUGCCCUUGGCAGGAGACGCACGUCAGCGCCUCUGGUGAAUUCGAUUGCCAAUGUGGUUGUUCAGCUGAAUGUCCCAAUAAUCAAAGUGCUUCCGUUUGUAGUUAUUGUGCUCGAUGGCAUUAUGUUGAUUGGAGUGAAGAGAUCAGCUUUGAGAUUCAACUUGUAACCGAGUUGUAUCCACUGAAAUGGAUCGGGAUUGGAUUUUCGAGAGGAACAAAAAUGUCUGAUGGAGUUCGAGCAAUCAUUGGAUAUAUUUUUGAAAACUCAUCCGCUAUGCAUAAUCAAAUGAAGGAAGUCCUCUUUGAAGGAUACGACGGACCAACGAAAAUCGUCGAUAACGCCAAAAGAGGACAUAUCAUGUAUGAAGACGGAAUGCUGACCUUGAAGUUCGUUAUCCGUGAAAUCGAGUUAAAUUUGCCAAAGUCUGCCAGAACUAGUAUCCUAUAUCCGUAUUCAGGAGGCUUGGUCGACUCCGUGGUAAGACGGGAUCCAUUAGAUAGCCGAUAUUUUCAAUUCGGAAUCCGGAAGCACAUCAACAUUCCAAUUGUGUCUGAGAAUGAGGUGUUCCGACCUUGCUCUCUCGUCUUGGAUUCAGUGAACGGAAAUUGGGCCCCUUGGAAUUCCUGGUCACCCUGUUCUGCCACGUGCGGAACUGGUGCGCAAAGCAGAAAUCGCCGUUGUGAGAAUCCAAUUCCGACUGAAAGUGGCCUUAAAUGUAAUGGUUCCGAGUUUGAGACCACCAGUUGUCACAUCCAAGAUUGCAAAGAGUGCCUGAUGGAUUUGAAUAAUAUGUACUGGUAUCCACCGUUCUGUUUGGAUCACGACAGUCUUUCUGAUUCCGCGUGCGAUUACGUGGCUUCAUGGCAAUGGAGAGUCGAUUCGAACAUUGCCGAGUUCUCAGUGAAGUCGAGAGAUCCAUCAAAGUGGACGGGAAUUGGAUAUUCACGUGGUGAUCCAAUGAGCGGAGAAAACGGCGGAUUGCACCUAAUUAUUGGUUUCAAAUCGUUGUAUGAUCGAGAUAAAAAGAGGAUUGGCAAAUUUUGGAUCCCCAAUGGAUACCAAUCACUUUCGAGGCUGACAGAUCAGGACUCGUACAUGUAUCCCCAAAUGGUCGAGAUGCCCUCCGAGGAUUUGAAAUGGGAAAAUGAUGGCUAUUUACUCGAAAAUGUCGUGGAAGAUGGCCUCCAAUGGUUGCAAAUGCAAUUUCAAGAGGAGAUCACUCAGUUUGGCAACGAGCCAUGGAACAUCAAUUUAACUGCACCACUUAAUUUCCUAUUUCCCGUCGAAGGGGGGGACAAAGGCAGGGAUUCCAGGAACAAAUUCGAUGUGUCUAUCGAUCCCACCCAAGCUCAAGUUUUAGAGAACGUGAACAUGACUGAAUGUACAGUCGAUUCCCAGGACGUCAGUCAAAUUUCGUGUUAUCAUUGUGAGAACCAAUCUUGCAUGGAAGAGGACCCGGAUUUCCCAGGCCACGUGGAAAAGUGUCCCGGUGAUGUUCAUACUUGCGUCAAGUUCUACGGAUACAUUGGACCAUUCCUUCAAUACUUCCGCUCAUGUGGGUGGUCUAGUAUCACUGCGAAUGAUACACAAGAAUGCAAAGAAGGUGCGGUCCAAACUUUGGAUCCCAGGCCAACCCGAGGAGAACUCUGUACUUGCCCUUCACCACUUUGUAAUCGAGCGAUGAUCCAGGCCAGGGCUUGGAUCACUACGGUUUUUUGGAUUUGCAUGUGCAUUUUCUUGAUUUAGUAAUGAGCGAGCAAAGUUUUUGCAAUACAAUUGCACAGCGAUCUAACGCCCAGAUUGACAUGUGUGUCAGAAUAAAUGCUAGGGAAGUUCCA